CUAUCUAGCUUUCACAUUUUACAUCUCAGAAACCUAACAUAUACAAAAAAUUCACAGAAAUAACGUGAAAUAAUAACAAUUACAGCUGUACUAUUUUUUAAGUAAAAAUAAAAUAAGAAAUAAAAAAGAAAGAGAGAGGAAAGUGGGAGGAACAAACAAACAUGACGGCAGAAUCAGGUAGUUCGAACUUCGAUCUUCCCGAGAAUGUCGUGCAAGUGCUACCGUCAGAUCCGUUUGAGCAACUCGAUGUGGCGCGCAAGAUCACAUCCAUUGCUCUAUCGACACGUGUCAACGCAUUGGAAUUCGAGUUGUCGGAACUUCGUAACAAGAUCGCCGAGAAGGAUAGUCUCAUCGCCGAACUUCAGUCUCAGGCUCAGUCCCUCAACGCCUCCCUUUCUGAAACCGCGGAUGAACUCGUCCGAGCCGAACAAGAUAAGGAGAAUUUGCUUCAGGAGAAUGCUUCGCUUUCAGAAUCUGUCAGAAAGCUUAAUCGAGAUGUCUCCAAGCUAGAGGUUUUCAGAAAGACGCUUAUGCAAUCACUUCAGGAGGAUGAUGAUAAUUCAGGAGGAGCUCCGGACAUUGUUGCUAGAAUACAGAAUCAGUCGAGUUUGACUUAUACGUCUCAGUUUGGAGAUAAUGACUCUUCAUUGCCACUGUCUAUAUCUUCUUCGAUGCCUCGUGUUUCUGAUAGUGGAAAUUCUUUCGCUGAAGAUCAAGAUUCUGAUGUCAUAAGACCUAGAGUGGCCUAUAAUCUCCUCAUGGCUUCCCAAAAUACCACCCCCCGGAUUACUCCCACCGGUUCCCCUCCUAGUUUUUCUGCAUCAGUAUCUCCAACGAGAACAUCUAGAACCAUGUCUCCGAGGAGACACUCCAUUUCCUUUUCAACUACAACAGGCAUGCAUGGUGAUAGGUCUUCAGUGUUUUCCUCCAUUGGUCACGGUUCAAUAUCAAGCUCCGACUCAGUAACAGGAUCACAAGCUGGACGAACACGGGUGGAUGGCAAGGAGUUCUUUCGCCAAGUCAGGAAUCGUUUAUCGUACGAGCAGUUUGGUGCAUUCUUGGCAAAUGUUAAGGAGCUAAAUUCUCAUAAACAAACAAAAGAGGUGACUUUACAGAAAGCGGAUGAAAUUUUCGGGCCUGAAAACAAGGACCUAUUCACUACAUUUGAGGGAUUGAUCACACGCAAUGUCCAUUGACGAUGUGCUGGAUGGAUUCCUAUUCUAAGUUAAUAAUAACUGAUACUUUUUGCUGUUUUAUAAUAAUCCCAUUUUUUCCUCACUGUAUAUUUAAAUGGUUGUUGUGUAAUAAAACAAGCUUGUAAAUUUGAGUUAAUGCCAUUUCUUGAAA